UAAACAUUUAAAAUGUGAUCUCAUAGGCGCCCUGCAAGAACUGUGUUUUUCUCGAGAUUGGAUAUUCCUGGAAUAUUAGAUUUUCAAAAAUAGUAAGAAAAUAAUAAGACGUUCACAUACUAGGUUGUAUGUACUGUAUUGACAUUCACUGUCAGGGUCAAUGGUGUUUAAAAAAAAAAAAAUGCUAAACGACAAGCCGCUACGGAAAUGUAAUACAAAAUAAAAGCUUUUACCAGUAGUAAAGAUGAUUUGGAAAAAUAUGUCCCUGAAAUGAAUCUCAAAGGUAAUGGAAUAGUCAGUGAUGCAUUUGUUUUCACGUCUGUUGGAUUCCACUCAAAGCCGGACACCACAGAUUUUGUUGACGCACCAGCAUUUGCUUCAGCCAACGAAAUGGAAUGCGUAAAAGUAAACAAAGACUCAACAUUUAAAUCGAGCAAUGAAAUCUUCAGUCACCCGGCGUCAUUUGAAGAUCACGAUAAUGGUCGUCUGAUCGCAACUUCAACAUUUCCUUACUGCAAUGAAAAUCAUGUAUCACCUGUAAACGAAUCGGUUAUCAUUAACGAAGCCAAACAAUUAUUAUUUGGUCUUGUAUACGCUGAUUUCGCCAAACGAUUUCGACUAUCAAUCCGAGUGUGCGCAAAUUGAAG